AUGGCAUCGGCCAGUGCGGGCAGCCAUGUCAUGCUCGCUCCAUAACGGUGAGGCUUCCCAUCAUCAAUAGUGUUCAGGGACACCGCGUGCAGCUUCACUACAGCGAACCGAACCAGGAGUGCGCGUGCGCGAGACCGUUUACAAUAGUGCAAUCGGCAAAGUUUGUUUUUUUGUCGACUCUCGGGGAAACAGUAGAAUCGCUCGCCGAGAAAUGACAGUGGCCCCGCCGUUGUCCAAGGCGCAAACAACGAUGUCCAUGCGAACCAGACUGCUGGCGCUGCUGGUUGUGACCCUGAUCGGAUGCCAGAAUGCAGCCGACGCAUCGCGUUCCAAGGACGCGAACUCCGACCCGUCGGAAGAGUCCAGCUCCGAGGACGGACACGACGGGCGAGUUGCUGUCGACAAGAGGAUCAGAAAUGGCGGGGUCAAGAACCUGAACGCGCUCGACUACGGCAGGAGCGGCAACCAGGAGUUGCACAUCGAGAAGAACGACUUCAUCGACGUCUCGUGGCAGAAGCGCCACCCGGAGCUCUUCCGCGUCAAAAGGAAAACGGCGACCAUCGCCCUCGACGUGAAGGACAACACGUACCGGGUGUGGACGCAAGACUACCCGGCCGCGGCUCUGGCCGUCCUGCCUUACGGAGUGGGCGCCGUGCACCCUGCCGCCUACCACACCGCGGUGUACCCCGCUGAAUCGGGCUACUCGAGUUACCCCGUAGUCGUGAGCGGAGGCGCUCCUGUGCCUCUACCGGCACUGGCGCGCGCAGACUACGUCGGCCCGUUACCGUACUACCGCGGAUUGUACUCGCCUUCCUACAGCGUACCCUACGCUGCGCUACCCUGGGCGUCACCUUACGUCGGCGCCGGCAGCUUCGUGCCAGACGCAGCAGCCAGCUACCUUUCCGGAGCCCCGUUAUUCGCAGCAGGCUACCCUGACUACCCAGGCAUCUACUCAUCGCUACCCGAAAUUGGUUGGUCUGGAGACUACCUGCAAUAA